GCUAAUUAAUUUACCAAAUGUCUCUUUCAAGUGAAUUCGAAAGUGUAGGCUUCAGUGCAUUUGAUAGUAUACUAUGACUGUGAUGAUUUGUAUGUAUAAGUCUUCGUAUUAUCAUUUAACUGUGUCAUAAUUAGUCACAUUAGGCAAAACGUGUUUUAUAGAUUCACAUGAAAGGAAACAAGUUAAAAAUUGGAACAGUAUCUUCCCUAAAGUAGGACACAACAAGUAAUUGCCUACUCAUGUAUAAUCAGCCGCUUCCUUUUCUUUUGACAUUAUUAUAAAUAUGAUUAUUAGGAUACUUCGUUUAUGGGUUGAACAUAUAACUUUUAAUUAAGUUGGACAAAUAAUAUAAAACUGAUAUAUUUCCGGUUGUUGAUUUAUGAAGUGUAAACUGCCAACUAUUUGGUUAUACUCAAUGCAUUAUGGACAACGUAUUAUAUUGGUUCUUCAUUAAAAUAUGUGUUCUUAGUACCGUGAGUCAUUUAGCAGUAAGCUUCCCAAGGUUUCAAGAUGUGAUUCCUAAUGGAGAUAAGUUACCACAUCCAUGUAAACCUAAUUAUAUAUGGCAUGGCGUUGGACAUAGAGCAGACAGAGGCGAAGGGCCAUUGAACGAUUUCGGAAAAGAUUUCCUUCGACUUGGAAAGAAAUGGAAUAAAUCUUUAUGCCAGCUUGAUUCUGACAAGGACGGAAUAAGUAACGGAGAAGAACUGGGUGACCCUGAUUGUGUUUGGACACGAGAGACUAUUCCACAAAGUCAAAAUAAAAUAACACACCCAGGUGUUUGUGAUCCUUGGGAAAGUGAGAAAUGCAAGAAACAAAAUACAUGGGUUGACUGUGAUAUUGACGAACUUAAAUGUGCUGCCAUGCAUGAUGAAAAUGUAAUGAAUAUUACAAUUCGAAUGUCCGAGACGAAGGUACCCAACACAGAGACAAACUACAUGUGUACUAUUUUUGAUUUACCAACCGAUGGAGACUUCCACAUGAUUGCCAGUGUACCUUACAUUGUAAACAAUUAUGUCAUGCAUCAUAUGUUGUUGUUUGGGUGUGCAGAUACAGAUUACGUCAGAAAGAUUGAACCAAAUAAUCCUAAGUUAUGUCAGAUGGGUGCAAAAGGCUGCAGUGACAUCAUAGAUACAUGGACUGUGGGAAAUGCUGGCCAAUGUGCUCCAAAAGAGUUUGGAUAUAGAAUUGGUAUGAAGGGAUAUAAACGUGUGUUACUUCAGGCUCAUUGGAAUAACCCAGAGUUGAAAGAUAGUUAUGUCGACAGCUCCGGUCUUACGCUUUAUUAUACAAGUAAACUAAGACCAAACGAUGCUGGAGUUUUGAUGAUUGGCAGUAGUAGUUUCACAUUGCCACCAGGAAGAUCGGAUGUUGAAGUUGUUGGAACAUGCUCUAAACUAUGUAGCAAAGAAAGGUUCAAAGGUCCCAUUUAUGUUUCUGCCGCAUUAAAUCAUAUGCAUUAUUUGGGUAGAAAACAGAAGAUAGAGUUGAUCCGUGAUGGCAGAAAAAUUCAAGAUAUUACAAACGAAGACAAUUUUAAUUAUGAUAAACCAAUCAUGCAUAGUUUUAGCAGCCCAAUCGAAAUACAACCGGGAGAUGAACUAAAAACCACAUGUGUGUUUAAAACAACAUCUAAACUAAAUUAUACCUACUUCGGACAAGGUACAAAUGACGAAAUGUGCUUUGGGUUUUUAACAUUUUAUCCUGCAAAGAAUGUGAAACGGAAAUUUUGCAUAUCAUGGAAAAGCAUUCCAGUAUGUGAACUUAUAGCUCCGAUCGUCAGAGGUUGCGAAACAGCAAAAUUUACAAAUUUAUCAAAUCCUGAAUUUACUGAAAUGAGAAAUGCUGUGAAAGAUCAUUGUUCUACAAAUGAUACCUGUUUAGAGAAAUGUAAAGAUCAUCUAACAAUCAUUAAUAUGCAUCCAUGCAUGGACGGAGAUGUAGGAAAAUACAUGAAGUACAGAUUAAAAAGGUUUCGUGACUCCAGUGUUACAGAUUUCUAUAAGGGAAUUGAAUCGUGUUCACCUAAACAUGAACCUCUUUUAUACCAACCAAACACAGCGAAAUCUAUCAAUAUUUUUCAAUUUUACUUUGUAGUAAUUUUUGGUUGUAUUGUCAUGUUCAUCACGUAAAUCAAUGUAAACGCUGUUAUAAUGUUAAUCACAUAAAUCAAUGUAAACACAGAUAUCAUAUUAAUCACAUAAAUCAAUGUAAACACAGUUAUCAUGUUAAUCGCAUUAAUUAAUGUUAAUCGUGUUUAUCAAAUACGUUAAUGUAAACAGAGUUAUCAUGUUUAUCACAUACAUAAAUGGUUAUAUAUAUACAGCUAUUGAUGUUUCGCAGCUAGUUAAAUACAAUCAUUUGAUAGACUUUAGUUCUUGUAAAUAGUAUUAUGAAACAUAAUAAAUAAGGGAAACAGUAGUA